AUGACUACUACUCCUUACAAAAUCGCUUCCCCAUUCAAGAUCGCCAUUAUCGGCUCCGGUAACUGGGGCACUGCUGUGGCCAAGCUCGUCGCUGAGAACUGUGCUGAGAAGCCAGAAAUCUUCCAGAAGGAUGUUAACAUGUGGGUUUUCGAAGAACAGGUUGACGGUAAGAAUUUGACGGAGAUCAUUAACACCGAACAUGAGAACGUCAAGUAUUUGCCAGGAAUUAAGUUGCCAGAAAACUUGGUUGCCAACCCAGACAUUGUGGAAACCGUUAAGGAUGCUGAUCUCUUGAUUUUCAACAUUCCUCAUCAGUUCUUGCCUAGAAUUUGCAAGCAAUUAGUCGGAAAGGUUUCACCUACUGCCAGAGCUAUCUCCUGUCUUAAGGGUUUGGAGGUGGAUGCUAGUGGCUGCAAGUUGUUAUCGCAGUCCAUCACUGACACCUUGGGCAUCUACUGUGGUGCCUUGUCGGGUGCCAACAUUGCCAACGAGGUUGCUAAAGGUAGAUGGUCUGAGACCUCCAUUGCAUACAAUGUUCCUUCCGACUUCAGAGGUGAAGGUAAGGACAUUGAUGAGUACAUCUUGAAGGAGGCCUUCCACAGAACAUACUUCCACGUCAGAGUGAUUCAGGAUGUUAUUGGAGCUUCUAUUGCCGGAGCUUUAAAAAAUGUUGUCGCAUGCGCUGCUGGAUUUGUCGAGGGUGCCGGUUGGGGUGACAAUGCUAAGGCUGCCAUCAUGAGAAUUGGUAUCAAGGAAAUCAUUCACUUUGCAUCGUACUGGGAGAAGUUUGGAAUCAAGGGCUUGAGUGCACCUGAGUCCACCACCUUCACCGAGGAGUCUGCUGGUGUUGCUGACUUGAUCACCACCUGUUCUGGAGGUAGAAACGUUAAGGUUGCUCGUUACAUGAUUGAGAACAAGGUCGAUGCAUGGGAGGCCGAGAAGAAGUUGUUAAACGGCCAAUCCUCUCAAGGAAUCAUCACUGCCAAGGAGGUUCAUGAAUUGUUGGAGAACUACAACUUGCAGGCCGAGUUCCCAUUGUUUGAAGCAACCUACGACAUUAUCUACAACAAUGCCGACAUCAACGAGUGGCCAGUCCUCUUGGAGAGAGAUUAA